UCGAUGUUAUAGUCAACAAGUGUGCGAUGCAAUGGAAGCCCCCGAAAUAAAAUUAGAAAUUGUGGAUGAUGUACCGCCAGAAGACAACCAGUCUAGUCAGAAAUUGGAACCAAAAGAAACUUUUGCAAAACACCAGGAGAAACUGUACGAAAUCAACAGAAUACAAGCAUUUAAAGAUGUUCCCUUUCUGCUAAAGCGCAUGGAGCCGGAAGACAUGACCGUGACUUAUGGAGAAGCGGUGGAAAAAGUGCAGACAAUGCUGAAUUUUUUAAAAAGCAAUCAAGUUCCUGAAGGAGCAGGAAUUGCCCUCCGCAUCACGGAACACACGCCAACCUCAUGUCUUCUAAUUCUUACAAUACUAAACCAUAAAUGCUACUUUUUCCCGACGGACAAGAUGAUGCUGUCACAGGCGCUCUACGAACAGAUGUCCUUGGCGGGAGUGGAAUAUCUGCUGGUCAACAAGCAUUUGGCUGUUGGAACUUUAAACUUUAUACGUCUGGGCUGCAUCACGGCUUUUAACGAAGAGUGCAAGCUGUACAAGGUUAAGCACAAGCCCACCGAUGCUGUCGUCCUGGCCAAGCGAACCCUUCCCCCCAAUAUGUGCUACACUAUUACCACAACAGGAAGUACCGGUUGCCCCAAGCUCAUAUACGUUCCCUACGAAUGCAUCGCCCCAAAUAUAGUGGCGCUUAGCCAGAAGCUAAACGUCUCCAUGGCCGACAUAAUUUAUCUGGGAACACCUUGCACAUUCGAUCCAUUUGUGGUCGAGUUCUUUUUGGCCCUGCAAAAUGGAGCUACUUUACUGAUCAGUCGUCACUCGAUGAGAGACUCUCCCAGCAAGGUGCUAAGUGAUCUAUUUCCCGACAACCUUUCCAAGCCGGGAAUCAGCAUACUGCAGAUGACCCCGUCGCUGUUCCGGCAAUUUGGAGCCACUUCUAUCAGAGACCGAAUAUUGGUUAACUCUAGUUCACUGAGAGUUCUGCUCCUGGGCGGCGAGACAUUUCCCUCCAACGCUGAGCUAAUUACUUGGAUGAAUCCAUGUGUUCUGUUGCAAAAACAUAUUUGCAAUAUCUAUGGAAUCACUGAGUUAUCCUGCUGGAGCCUCCUUCACAUCGUUCAGUCCCUACAAACUCAAGUACCCUUGGGCAAGCCCAUUGAAGACGAUACGGUCCUUAGAAUUCAAUGGCAGGACGAUGGGGAUUCCCCAAACGGCGAGCUCUUUUUAGGCAGUGCCUCACGGCGUUGCUAUAUACCAGAAAUAGAUGAUGCAGUGGAAACUGCAAGAGAGAAUUCCGGAGUUUGCUUCAGAGCUACUGGGGACCUGGUGACAAGGCUUAAAGAUGGAACCCUGUUCUACGAGGAGAGAGCAAACGAUGUGGUGAAGCGAGCCGGUAACCGUAUCAGCUUGGGUUCAAUGACUCGCAAAAUUCAAAAAUGUCUGCUUAGCAGCGAGCUGGUCACUUGCAUAUGGCUGGAGGACCUGCAAAAGGUCAUCUGCUGCAUUCGAACACCGCUCUCGAAGUCCAGAGUUCAACAGAGGGCUCAAACUUUUGAUAUCCUCUCCAAGGUGUCCAUUGCGGAGCAACCAGAUAGGUUUAUCUAUCUGCAAAACUUUCCCUGCAAUGUCCAUGGCAAAUUGGAUAAACAACAGCUGCUCAAGGAAUGCAUUCCCCUCGCUCAACCCGCUCAGGAAAUAUUGAAGAGCUAUCUGCACGAUAGACUAGAAUGUGUGGAGGAAACGGAAGCGAAGAGGCAACGACUUGAGGGCAGCAAUCCCAGCGGUUACGACUUGAGCUUUCGCCAGGCGGGUGGAACAUCGUUUCAUGCCAUCACUAUUUGCCGAGAGAUCGGCCAGCAGAUGUGCAUCGAUGACGAGCAGAGGCACUUGUUUGAGAUGCUACUGGACGAGAACGUUCCGCUGCGAACAGUUAUACGGUUCUUGGAUACGGCCAAGUUGGUCGCCACUAACUUCAAAAGGAAACCUGUUGAACAGGCGGUUGUUAGUUCCUGCCCUGCCGGACUGGUAAUCAAACGGAUUGAACAGCCGGUCCCAAAACUUCUGUUCCACUGGAAGGCGAACUUUGAGAAGUGCGUGGACUCGCCAGUGACCGAAUAUGAAGGACGAUACAUUUGCGUGGGCGCACAUUCCAAAAUUCUGCGAACUUUUGAUCCCCGAACGGGCAUAGAGCAAAGUAUAGUCAGGCUACCCGACCGUAUCGAGUGCAAAGUGACGUUUCUUAGUGAGCAGCUUGCAAUGGUCGGCUGCUACGAUGGUUGCCUCUAUGGCUUUAAUCCCCAAAACGGCGACAUUGUGUUUCGUGUGGGUAUUGGUGGCAUGAUUAAAUCCCAGCCCUUGCUCACCGCCGACGGCCGUCGGAUAAUAGUAUGCAGCUAUGCAGAAGACUAUAAUGUCUAUUGCUUAUCUGCGGAACGGCAGGAGGUGCUGUGGUGUCUAAAAAUUGGUGAGAAACCGAUCUUCGCCAGCCCUCUUGAGUUGGCCGGCGAACAGUCACUUAUUAUUUGCACCUUGGACGGAAGUUAUUCGCGAGUCGCCAUCACAGAUGGCUCCGUUGAGUGGACGCAGAAGCUUAGGGAGCCGAUCUUUUCCACUCCCGUCCUAAUGGAACCCAAGUCCAACAUCUUUCUGAGCGCCGAAGUUGCUGGGCGUGUGCACGCCUGUCAUGUGGGCAACGGAAAAAUUUUGGGAACCUACAACACAGAGGGCAACAUUUUCUCAUCGCUGGUGGUCAAGACCCCACCCACCUUGAUGGGACACGCCUUUGUCGUUUUCGGCUGUAUCGAUCAGCAUGUUUAUUGCCUGCGUUGCAAAACUGGAUACGGACGGACCUCAGUUGACUUUGAACUUCUGUGGAGGAUAAAAGUGGGAGCACCCAUUUAUGCAACGCCUAGUUUGCUCACUGUGCAACCGUACGGGGUUUUGGUUUGGUGCGCAGCCACAGAUGGACGCGUUGUACUGAUUGACUUCGGAAAAGGCGAGAUACAGUGGUCGGAUAAACUUCCCGGCGAAGUGUUUUCCAGUGCGUGCUAUAUUGAAAGCCUGCGACGAGUGUAUGUGGGAUGCCGUGACAAUUUUCUAUACUGUCUUGGCAUAUAGAAGAACACACAAAAGAAUUCCAUUUAAAAACUGUAAAUAAUUUGAAACGUGCCUUAAAAUAGCUAACACUAAUUGGAAAUAAUUAGUUCAAUAUACAAAAUAAUUUAAUAUUAAGAAUUAAAAUUCGAAUUUUAAGUUCAGAUAAAUGUUAAUUUUUGUUGUUUUACAAA